UUUUUCGCAAAUGCAAAGUCAAACACCUUCAACUACAAACGCACAAAAUUUCGACAGUAUUGCAAGGCAGCGAGAUUUAGAACUUCAAAAACUUGAAGAAGAAAUGCAAAUUAAACGGCAGUAUUUGCCAACCUUUAACGGAGAUCCAGAUGAUUGGCCAUUGUUCAUUAGUAGCUUUGAAAACAGUACGUCCUUGGCAGGUUACACAGACGCUGAAAAUUUGAUAAGGCUGCAAUCGGCUCUCAAAGGUAAGGCUCGCGAUAUGGUGAAAAACAAGCUGCUAGUGCCACAAAUGGUGCCUGAAAUCAUUCGGACACUACGUAUGUGUUUUGGCAGACCUGAACACAUCCUGGAGCGCGUUAUUUCGAAAGCCAAGAAUAUGCCACCGAUUAAAGAUAAACUGGACACCCUAAUUGAAUAUGCGAUGUGUGUACGUAAUAUAUGCGCAACGAUGGAAUGUUGCCAGAUGCAAUCCCACCUCAACAAUCCUUUACUAGUAAAAGAGCUAGUCGACAAACUUCCAAACAACCAUAAAUUGACCUGGGCGAUGUGUUACAAAGAUGAUCGUGUUCCCAUUACAAAAUCAUUUAGUGAUUGGUUGUAUUAUAUGGCGGAAGCCGCUAGCAACGUUACUCCGUUGUUUGUAAAAAAUGGAGCUUCAGUGAAUACUCAUAAUCGUGAUGAGGAGAGUAAAGAGUCCAGUGGUAAUGAAAUUAACAAAAUCGCAGUAAGUACCACAUGUAUUGUAUGCAAUGACGGUAGCCACAAAGUAGCUCAAUGUGACGUUUUUAAAAGCAUGUCGUUAAAUCGUAAGUGGGAAUGUGUAAAAGCUAAAAACUUAUGUCGACAAUGCUUGGGAAGACAUAGACACAAAUGCAAUAUAAACAAAGAAUGUGGGAUAGAUGGAUGUAAAUAUAAGCACAAUCCAUUGCUGCAUAAAAUUGUUAACGUACAAAACACCACAUCAAGUGCAGCACAAAGUGACCAACAAAAUUCAGUACUGAAUGCACACAGCAAUAAUUUCGAUGAGUCCCAACCACUAUUUCGUAUAAUACCCAUAAAUAUACAUGCUCAAAACAAAAUUAAAAAAGUUUAUGCAUUUCUAGAUGAAGGGUCUGCAGUGACACUAAUAGAAAAAAGUAUUUUUGAAGAAUUGGGUCUUCAGGGUAAGAGUGAACCCCUGUGUUUGAGAUGGACCGGCGACACCACUCGUACGGAAGAUGACUCAGUAAAGGCAACAAUUACUAUAUCGAGUGUUACCAACAAUAAACAAUUUAAGUUGAACGCAGUUCACACUGUAAAUAAUUUGGGGCUUUCGCCACAAACUAUCGACGCCGAUGAAAUUUCAAGAAGAUACCCAUAUUUGUCGAAGCUACCAAUACAAUCGUAUAGCAAUGCUAUACCAGCAAUACUGAUUGGUGCCGAUAACUGGAAAUUAGCCGUCCCUCUUAAAAUACGAGAAGGCUCUUGGAAUCAACCAAUUGCAUCUAAGACUCGGCUGGGCUGGGCCCUGCAAGGCAAUAGAAUGAAGGACACCGAUGAAUUCCGUAUAAAUGUCCAUUUUUGCGACUGUCAAAAAAGGCUCCACGAUAUGGUAAAAGAAACGUUUAACAUAGAAUCAACUCGUCAAAUGCAGCUGCUUUCUUACGACGACAACAAAGCUAUGGCAAUGUUAGAAAAUACAUGUAAAAAAGUCGAUGGCCAUUAUGAAGUUGGUUUGUUGUGGCGCAACCAAAAUAUACGUUUACCAGACAGCUUUAAUCAUCGCCUGAACUGCCUGCAAAAAAAGUUCUUUAAAACCCCCUUAUUAAAAGCAACUAUACAGUCACAAAUUGAUAAUCUCGUCUUAAAAGGUUAUGCCAAAAAACUCACCCCGAAAGAACUAGAAGUGCAUCAUAAAAAGACCUGGUAUUUGCCGAUAUUUGUUGUUUCAAACCCAAACAAACCAAAUAAAGUCAGACUUGUUUGGGACGCCGCGGCGAAAUCUAACGGUACAUCACUUAAUGAUUAUCUGCUGACCGGCCCAGAUCUUUUAAACCCACUAGUAAGCGUUCUUUUAAACUUUCGUGUUGGAAAAACCGCCAUAUGUGGAGAUAUCUCAGAGAUGUUUCAUAGAGUGAAUGUUAGAGAAAUCGAUAUGCAUGCCCAACGUUUUUUGUGGUAUGACAAGGGAGAUACACUGCAUCAACCAAGCAUUUAUGUAAUGAGAGCAUUAAUUUUUGGAAUCAGCUGCGCACCUUGUAUCGCCCAUUUUGUACGCAACAAAAAUGCAGACCUCUUUAAGAACACACACCCCCGAGCUGUAGAAGCAAUACAACAAAAUCAUUAUGUUGACGACUUUAUCGACAGCGAAUGUGACGACAACCAAGCGCUGGAAUUGGCGAUUCACGUGAGAGAAAUUCAUGAAGCCGGCGGUUUCAAGAUGCACAAUUGGACAUCUAACUCAGAAGUUGUCUUAAAGGAAUUACAUGGAAGCGCACCAUCUGAGCAAUCGAUGAAAGACUGGGGCUCAACCACUAAAAUAUUAGGUUUGUAUUGGGACCCAAAUAAUGAUGAAUUUAGAUAUAUUUGCAGAUUUGCAAGAUUACACCGUGAUAUACUAAAUCAGUCAUUGACACCGACCAAGCGCGAAACUCUACAAGUCCUGAUGUCCAUAUUCGAUCCCCUUGGAUUUGUGUCCUGCUACACAAUAGGCCUAAAAAUACUUAUUCAAGAAAUAUGGCGGACUGGUAUAGCAUGGGAUGAGGAACUUACGGACACUUUAGACAAACGCUGGUGCAGUUGGAAGUCCACAAUUCAACAAAUAACGUCCAUAAGAAUACCUCUAUGCUACUCCCCAACGAUGCAGACAGCAGACGAAGUCCAACUGCAUACUUUCGUAGAUGCCAGCGAAAACGCUUAUGCUGCCAUAUGUUAUCUGCUCAUCACGAAAAACAAUGUUACAACUGUCUCUCUAGUUGCAGCCAAGAGCAAAGUGGCACCACUUAAACCACUCUCAAUUCCAAAGCUCGAGCUGCAAGCUGCUCUACUUGGCACGAGACUUGCAAAAACUGUACAAGAAGUAAGACGAAUAAAUACUAACUCUCAAUUUUGGUGGAGCGAUGCAAAAACAGUUUUGAGGUGGUUACAAAUAGACCCAAAAAAGUUUCAGCAAUUUGUGAUGCAUCGUGUAGGCCAGAUUCUUGAGAACACAAACGUCAACCAGUGGAGAUGGGUUCCAUCAAAACAAAAUCCCGCCGACCUUGCCACCAAAGUACCAACUCCAUCAAAUACACAAAUGUGGUUUCAUGGUCCCAAAUUUUUACGCUCCGAUGUUAAUGAAUGGCCACAAUGCGAUGACUUGGGAAUGGUAAAUGAAACAGAAAUGAAACGCAGCGCAUUAGUAAUUGAAAGCGUCCAUAAGACUAAACUCAACAUUGAAUACUUUUCUAAUUGGAAGCGUUUGUACCGUGCUGUAGCUACUUUCUUUUUGUACUGCCACAAGCUAAAUAAAUUAACAAAAGAUAAAAUUAUAAACACAAACUUAGAAGUCGAUUGUGCCAUGAUCGAAAAGGCAAAAACAUUUUUAAUGAGAUAUGCGCAGAAUGACGAAUACAGUAACGAAAUAUCUAGUCUGACACGUAAUAAACUUAUUGGGAAAACAAGUAAGUUGAUCUCCCUUAAUGUGUACCUAGACAAAAUUGGCAUUAUUAGAUGCAGGGGAAGAGCUGAGUACCUCAAUAAUCAUGAGGACGCUAUUGUGUUGCCCCCUAAUCAUCACGUGACAUUUUUAUUAGUACGUCACUUUCACGAAAUGUUUCGUCAUCAAAAUCAUGAAACAGCGCUAAAUGAAAUUAGAAGUGAAUACUACAUUCCAAAACUGCGUGUUCUGUUUAGAAAAGUACGGAGAAUGUGUCAAUGGUGCAAAAUCAAUUAUGCCAAACCACUAGUGCCACAAAUGGCUGCGCUGCCAAUAGCAAGACUCGCUGCGUUUGAACGCCCAUUUACCUAUGUAGGCGUGGAUUAUUUCGGCCCGUUAAACGUUGCAGUUGGCAGAAGACAUGAAAAAAGAUGGGGUGUAAUUUUCACCUGCCUAACAGUACGUGCCAUACACAUCGAGGUGUCACACAGUCUAGACACAAGUUCGUGCAUCAUGUCAAUUAAAAAUUUUAUUUCUAGACGUGGCACCCUUAGAGAAAUAUAUUCAGAUAACGGCACCAAUUUUAAAGCCGCUGAAAAGUUAUUGUGUUGUCAACUAAAGAAUGUUAAUUCAUCCAUAAUCCAGAAAAAAUUAGAACAAAUUAAAUGGAAAUUCAACCCUCCAGCAGCUCCCCACAUGGGCGGAGCUUGGGAAAGGUUAGUCAAGUCAAUUAAGACUGUUCUAUAUAGCAUUUGCCCAACAAUGAAAUUUAACGAUGAAAGUUUAAAAUGUGCGUUAUGUGAGGUAGAGUUUACGAUCAAUUGUCGACCACUCACGUUUGUUUCAAUUGAAUGUUGUGACGAUGAAGCCAUUACACCCAACCACCUAUUGCUUGGCUCAUCAAAUGGCUAUAAACCAAUUGCAGAUGGUAACAUGGAUCUUCGACAACGAUGGUAUAAGACUCAGGAGUUCGCUGAUCAAUUCUGGCGUAGGUGGCUAAAAGAGUAUGUGCCCAUAAUCUCUCGAAGAAGUAAAUGGUUUACAAAACAACCACCUAUAAAAGUAGGCGAUGUAGUCAUUAUUGUGGAUUCAGAUAUGCCGAGGAAUUGCUGGCCCAAAGGCGUAGUAGUGGACGUUGCGAUUGCGAAAGAUGGCCAAGUUAGAAGAGCGACGGUGAAAACUGAAAAAAGCAUUCUACAACGACCAGUGGCAAAGUUAGCAGUAUUGGAUGUUGGCGGCCCUUCGAAUAGUAAACUCGACCCACCUGACUCGUUUACGGAGGAGGGAACUGUUGCCGCUACUCCUAAUUGA